AAACCGCAGGUUCAACCAUCAUGGAAAGGGUUCACAGAAUAACUAGUGAAAUCACGAUAGAAGAAAUUACUACUGCCGCAGGUGCUACAGCUGCCGCAGGUGCUACAGCUGCCGCAGGUGCUACAGCUGCGCAGGUGCUACAGCUGCCUCAGGUGCUACAGCUGCCUCAGGUGCUACAGCUGCUUCAGGUGCUACAGCUGCCACAGGUGCUACAGCUGCCGCAGGUGCUACAGCUGCCACAGGUGCUACAGCUGCCGCAGGUGCUACAGCUGCCGCAGGUGCUACAGCUGCCGCAGGUGCUACAGCUGCCGCAGGUGCUACAGCUGCCACAGGUGCUACAGCUGCCGCAGGUGCUACAGCUGCCGCAGGUGCUACAGCUGCCGCAGGUGCCUCUAUCCACCUGGUAGACAGAACCACCAACACCUUAGAGAUAGCUAAGAGAAUUACUGUGCGUCAUCUUCGUGGGAUGAGUGAGAGCAUCAAGAGACUGGUGGAGGCUGGCCUGGUGUUGGCUAUCCAGAAAGACUCAAAUGGCUUCCGCUGCUGCAGAAUAACUUUACAAGAUGGUCAACUUUACCUCCAUGCUCUCGCAAACCAACAACUACCCACCCGCGCACACACUGUCGAGUUCGCAAAGGUGAAGGAGGUAAUGAAGGAGGUAAAUCCCUUCACCCUGGUAUUUCUUGACCUAUCCUGGCCUGGAUCAAACAGAGGAAGACUCCACAUCCGGCUGACUGACACCACGCUGGCUACACAGUUUGAGAUGAUGUGUAUGGGUGAGAAACCGGGCUGCUCCUACCUCAACACUAAACUACUACAGGUGUGGCACAAGGGUGAGCCAGGAGAGUGUGUGAGGGGUGGAGACUACCAGCAUAAUAAUGGUUAUGGAGGAUCCCCACUGUUGAUUCAUCACCAAGAUGACCGUAAGUACAAGAAGUCAGGAUGUGCUGGUGAUGUGUGGCUACCAUAUUUGCCGUGGAGUAAGAAAAGUACUCAGUUUUACAUCACCACCAGGGACCUCAGAGGUGAUCAGAGGUCUCGUGUAUUUGGUAAAGUGGUGAAAGGUCUGGAUGUAGUGAAGGCAGCAAUCAACCAUAGAGACAUCAGAGAGGUGACCGUGAUGGACUGUGGUGUUGUGUUGACACUAUAGUUCACUGUGCAAUCACUAUUGUCACCAUCACUAGAGUGGAGUGCUGCCUUCGCCACUAGAGUGGAGUGCUGCCUUCGCCACUAGAGUGGAGUGCUGCCUUCGCCACUAGAGUGGAGUGCUGCCUUCGCCACUAGAGUGGAGUGCUGCCUUCGCCACUAGAGUGGAGUGCUGCCCUCGCCACUAGAGUGGAGUGCUGCCCUCGCCACUAGAGUGGAGUGCUGCCCUCGCCACUAGAGUGGAGUGCUGCCUUCGCCACUAGAGUGGAGUGCUGCUUCGCCACUAGAGUGGAGUGCUGCCUUCGCCACUAGAGUGGAGUGCUGCCUUCGCCACUAGAGUGGAGUGCUGCCUUCGCCACUAGAGUGGAGUGCUGCCUUCGCCACUAGAGUGGAGUGCUGCCUUCGCCACUAGAGUGGAGUGCUGCCUUCGCCACUAGAGUGGAGUGCUGACGUCUCCACCACAGCGGAGUGCUGCCGUCUCCACCACAGCGGAGUGCUGCCGUCUCCACCACAGCGGAGUGCUGCCGUCUCCACCACAGCGGAGUGCUGCCGUCUCCACCACAGCGGAGUGCUGCCGUCUCCACCACAGCGGAGUGCUGCCGUCGCCACCACAGCGGAGUGCUGACGUCGCCACCACAGCGGAGUGCUGACGUCGCCACCACAGCGGAGUGCUGACGUCGCCACCACAGCGGUGUGUUGCCAUCUCCAUUUCAUUACUCGGUCUUUUGUAGCAUUUUCUGUAUGAUAAUUAUUGUUUGAUCAAAAUUUUGUGUAUAAUAUGUUGGUCAAUAUUCAUUUUAAAUAUUUGUAUUCUCCCUGGAAAAGUGGAAAGGAUUCUUCCUCCGUAAGCCAUGCGUGCCGUAAGAGGCGACUAAAAUGCCGGGAGCAAAAGACUAGUAACCCCUUUGCCUGAAUAAAUUACUACAUUUAAAAAAUAAAAAAAAUAGUUUUUCUUUUUAGGUCACUCUUCCGCGGUGGGAUUCGGCCAGUUCGUUGAAAAAAAAAAUAGUGGAUUUUAUGGUCGGUAUUCGUGUUUGGUUAAUAGUUUUGUAUAAUAUUUAUGGUCACUACUUCUUUUAUAUUAACUCAGUUAAUAUAAAAGUCUUAAUGUGCCUGGCCAGUAUAACAGUGAUAAAUAUAUUGUUGACCAGA